GACGAGAUUUACUGCAACUUCAUUCAUCAGUUCACUUUGAGUUUGGAGGAGAUAAGGAUCCUCUAGUUGUAAGUGCUCUUACUGCUGCAAACGUUGAACCUGCUAAUCUAUUUACCAACCUGACUUCUGAUUGUAAACCUAUAGCUAUCAAAUCCAUUCGCCAUUCACUCAACGAUUCUCAGUUCAUUGAAGCAGAAGUGAAUAAGCUGUUAAAUGAUGGAAUCAUUGAAAAGAGCAAUUCACCAUGGCGUACCCAAGUGCUUGUUACUUCUUCACAAAAUCACAAGAAAAGGAUGUUGGUGUCCAGCAACACCAACCAGCGCAACUGGCGCGGUAUCCUGAUCGCGCUGCUGGUGAUCAUGAUGGUGCUGGCGCUGAUAGUCACCUCUGUAGUGCUGCUGACGCCGCCUGAUGAGGGUCCCAGAGUGAAGGGGACAAGACUCAAGCUGCAGGACAUUCUGUCACACGACCUAACCGCGCUACGCCACAACGGCUCCUGGAUAUCAGGAGAAGAGCUGAUAUUUAGCGAUGACUCGGGGGGAAUCAGCAUCUUCAACGCCGCCAACCUUACUACCAGAGUCCUCAUGACCAACCAGACCUUCAGACGUUUAAACCCAGUAAAAUUCAGCAUGUCCCCAGACCACAGGUACCUCUUGCUCAUCCACAAUGCUCAAAAGCUUUUCCGGUAUUCAUUUCUCGCCCAGUACUCCAUUUAUGAUAUUGCAGCAAUGGACAUCAUCCCCCUGACCCCCACCCCUGACGAGGACGACCACCCUUACCUACUACACGCCGCCUGGACUCCUCGAGGCCACUCUCUCAUCAUGGUGUAUAACUACGAUGUCUACUAUCGCCCCACGCCUCGCGGACGACAGGUCUACAGGGUGUCCAAGACAGCUGUGCCAGGAGUCAUCAGCAAUGGCGUUCCGGACUGGCUGUAUGAGGAGGAGAUUCUGAACCACAACACAGCCCUGUGGAUGUCCGAGGAUGGACACAUGCUGCUGUACGCUUGCUUCAACGACACCCAGGUACAGGAGCUCAGGUUCCCAUGGUACGGGGUGGCGGAGGAGGAACAGCCGCUGUACCCUGAUAUGAGAGGGCUACGCUACCCCAAGCCCAGUACGAAGAACCCUGUGGUGACUCUGUACGUUGCAGACCUCGCUGACCCGAAGAAUAUACGAAUAAGAGAUCUAAAAGCUCCCAUGGCACUGGGCCAGACCACAGACUACUAUUUCUGCGCAGUGACGUGGGUUAGUUCUACAGAAGUGUCAGUGAUCUGGCUCAACCGAGCGCAGAAUGUGUCUAUGGUGACACUCUGCAAAUCUCCCAUGUGGUUCUGCCAGGAGACGCAGAGGGUGAGUGGAGAGGGGAGAGGGUGGGUGGACUGUCCAGGCACCCCUCAGUUCUCGCCUGAUGGUAACGUUUACAUCACACUAGCGCCAGUGAGGGAUGGCAACGCUGGGUACUACCGUCACAUCGUAUCCGUCAACAUACCCAAGAAACGGCUGCUGCCGCUGACACACGGCACCUUCGAAGUCAACAAGAUAGUUGCGUGGGACCACACUAACCAGAUUGUAUAUUACCUCGGUGUGCCUCAGAACAAGCCAGGUCAGCUUCACUUGUACGCGGUGAGCUCAGCCGUGCCCAGGUCUGGCACUCCACUGACAGUGCCGCAAUGUCUGACGUGUGGCGCCCCUGUACCUGCGCUGACAACACACUACGAGGGAGCCGCCACCCUCGGCUCCGGCACCAGAGACACCUACGACUGGGAGGACCAGCCUGAACCAGCCACCACCACGGAGGAACCUGAACGCAAGAGGAGGAAGAAGAAAGAGCCGAGCUUCCGCUUGGAGCCGCUCUACCGUCCUUGUACAUAUCACAACAUCUACUUCAGCCCGGGACUGCAGUACUACAUAGACGAGUGUCUGGGACCAGGCAUACCAACCGUCACUCUCUACACCACCUAUGGCAAGAACACGUCUGCACCUGCCAUAGAAAACAUCCAACCCCAGCUGUUGGCUACACUGCAGAACAACUCUAAACUAUAUGACAAGAUCUCCAAGGUGGCGUUACCUCAGGUGAAGACAUUCCCUGUGCAGAUCUCCGGUGGUUACCAGGCGCAAGUGCGACUACACCUGCCACCGGGACUGCGGGAGGAGGAGAUCACACGAUACCCACUCGUUCUGCAGGUUUACGGUGGCCCUGGGUCCCAGCUAGUGACUGAUCGUUGGAAGGUGGAUUGGAACACCUACUUAGCCAGUAGCCGAGACCUGAUAGUGGCUCAGAUAGACGGGCGGGGCUCGGCGGGGCAAGGCUACCUGAUGCUGCACCAGGUCUAUCACCGCCUCGGCACUGUAGAGGUGGCCGAUCAGCUGGAAGUAGCUGAAUACCUGAAGGACAACCUCCACUUCAUAGAUAAGCGUAGAGUGGCUGUGUGGGGGUGGAGCUACGGAGGGUUUGUGUCAGCCAAACUACUAUCCACCCCUGACCAGGAUGUCUUUCAAUGUGGCAUAUCUGUGGCUCCCGUCACCUCGUGGAAACUCUAUGACUCUGCCUACACGGAGAGAUACAUGGGGAUGCCGACACUCUCCGGAAAUUACAAGGGUUACCAGGACUCGGACCUGAGUCGUCAGGUGGAAGGGUUCAAGGACAAGAUGUUCUACCUGGUGCACGGCACGGCAGACGACAACGUACAUCUGCAGCAAUCCAUGGUGCUGGCGAGGGCUCUCUCUCAGGCCGGCAUCAUAUACAGGCAACAGAUCUACCCGGACGAGAGCCACGCCUUGAGUGGAGUCAAGAAACAUCUGUAUCGGUCGAUGGCCAACUUCCUCGACGACUGUUUCCGCAAGCAGGUUCCACCCGAGCUGAAAGCGGGUCUUCGCAACGGUGGGACCUUCAUGGAGCCAUAAUGUUGUGACGAGGACCAGUGUUUUACUGUCUGUAGAUUCGUCUUGUGAUAUUAAACAAUUAAGUUUCACUACGGAGGAUUUGAGUUAGCGGAUUCUAUUUGUAAAAUAUCCCUUCCUAAAUCACAGUUGCGAUUGAUUUCAAACGUUUUUAAUUGCACAUAUAUUUUUACUACCGUAUUGUUUUAUAUUGUGCUUUUCAAGCCAAAGAGUAGCUGUGAUCUGUAGUCCCUGUGAUUCAUUUGUCGUGUUAGUGUGAUAAAAAGCAAUCACAACCAAUGAAGCUGAGAUGUAAUGAAUAUUUUAAAACAAUCAACAGCUUGAUCAGAAUCCUGAUCAUUGUUUAUCAACCUGAGAAUGUCAAAUUAAUUUGCCACAUUUUAUGUUUUAGUUCCUAGCUUUUAUACUUCGAAAUGGACCUAACGUGUGCAAAUUUUCUCAUGCAAUCGUUUGAUCAAUUUUCAAGUUUUUUCUCACAUUUUUCAUCAAUAAAACCCUACAUUUUUUUUCCAAAGCUCUGGUAAUAAUAACCAUUGCAAUUAAGAAAGUGUUAAUCACAGAUUGCGUAGUUAAAUUCUAAAUGUUGUAAAACUCCAGUUAUUGAUUUUUUCAAGUCUUUUUCUAUCACAAAACCUCUAGCAUGUUUUGUACUUUUUUACUCUAAAGUGUAUUAAUUUUAUUCAGUUAAAGAUCUAUAGGCUUAACAAGUUACUUUAGGAACUGGUAUGUACUUACAUCUGGUCGUAAGCUUUUGCAUGGAUAUGUUGUUUUUGAAAGAAAAAUGUUAACACUCUCCCUUUCAAACAAAAUGUGCUACUGAAGGAUAAAUUGUAUGCAACUACACACAACCCGCUUUAAAUCUUACAUUAGA